AUGACGGCCGACGCCCUCGUGCAAUUGGCGGAGAAGCGCCGCACCAUCUACCAGCUGGGUCGGAACAGCCCCGUGCCUGACUCCAAGGUCGAGGAACUGGUCAACGCCGCCAUCCUGCAUAUCCCCAGCUCGUUCAACACCCAGUCCACGCGUAUUGUCGUGCUGCUGAACUCUGAGCACGAGAAGGUGUGGGACUUUGCCGCCGAUGCCUUUGGCGGCCUCGUCGCGUCCGGCGCCGUCUCCGAGGAGAUGUUCAAGAACCAGACUCUCCCCAAGCUGCAGAGUUUCAAGAAGGCCUACGGCACUAUCCUCUUCUUCGAAGACCCCGCCCACAUCAAGCCCUUCCAGGAGAAAUUCGCCGCCUUUGCGCAUCACUUCGAGCCGUGGGCCGACCACUCCAACGCCAUGCACCAGUACUUCCUGUGGACGGGCCUCGAGGCCCUGGGUUUCGGCGCAAACCUGCAGCACUACAACCCGCUGAUCGACGCCGCUGUCGCGAAGGAGUGGAACCUGCCUACUGAGUGGCGCCUUGUCGCGCAGAUGGUCUUCGGUAGCCCUGAGGCCCCUGCGGGUGAGAAGACCCAGAAGCCCCUUGAGGAGCGGGUUAAGAUUUUUGGCAAGCAGUAG